AUGGCUUCAAAACUCACGUAUUCCCCCGAACUCCCUCUAAAGCCAGACAAAUCGAUCGAAUUCGCCUUAUCGCCUUCCUCUUCCUUCACCAUGGAAGAACAAGACGAGGAGGCUGAGAGGUUAUUACGCGAGAAGCCAGAGCUCCGGAAAGGGCCGAAUCGGUGCCGUUUACGGAUAAGCGUCGCCAUACUAUUAACAAUCAUAAACAUUGUCUUAUUCUCGAUAUCCCUUGCGCUCUUCUCCGCGGCGCGAGGUCAGAGAAAUCGGCUCAAUGCCGAGCUACGGCAAGCAUCUACUCACAGCCCGGUCUUCGAGAGGGUAGACCUGGAGAUGAAACCUAAGAUCGUCCAAGGCACGCUAUUUCCGGCUAAGCAAGGAGCCUCGAUCGCGCGAGAGCUGCCUAACCCAGCCGCUGACGAGCUAUGGGACGAAUGGGAACUGAGUCGCUUUUAUCCCUUGACACAAGACGACAUCAUCCGGAUGGGUAAGGAUCCAUCCACCGUUCCGAAGUUAGAGAAUUCCGAGUGGGGACUAGGCGACGACGCUUAUGUCGGCGCGUUUGACGUGUACCACCAGAUCCAUUGCCUGAAUGCUUUGCGCCGUACUGCAUAUAGUGGCUACUAUCAUCUGAAGAUGCUCAACCAUUCCGUCAUGGGCCUACACGAGAUACAUAUCAACCACUGCGUUGACAUCCUCUUACAAGCGCUGCAGUGCAGUGGCAACGUCAAUUUCAUGACGUACCACUGGGUUGCGGGGCAGGAAUACCCUCAACCUGAUAUGUCGAUCAACCGGCAAUGUAUCAAUUUUGAGAAACUCACAAAAUUCCGCAGAGAAAACGGGCUCGACCUGGACAAGUACGUCCAGAGAAUGAAGAAGUCCUUACAUCCGACGGUGAAGGAACGACAUCAAAGCGAUGCCUAUUACUAUUGGUAUAAUGAGACGAAUCCUAACCACAUAAACGGAGCGAAUCCUGGUGAGGACUUCAACAUGUAG